UUAAUUUUUACAGGGAGAAUGACAUCUAAAAAUGAGAAUAACGCUAGUGUUCCCACUUCCGCUAGUAAUACUCCAAUUGCAAUAGAUGAUGAUGAAAGUCCUCUAGAGACUAAUUCCGAUCCUUCUCUCCUACCAAUUACUAGUAGGCAUACUUCGGCAGUGUGGUCUGAUUUUAAGAGAAAGAGAGUUGGGGAUGUGAUAAAAGCUGAGUGCAACCAUUGCUCCAAGCUACUUGCUGGUGGGUCAAAAGCAGGAACUACUCAUUUGAAAGAUCAUAUAAAAAUAUGUCCAAAGAGAGUAUGUCAAGAUCUUCGACAAACAAGAAUGUUUGGUACAAAAAAAAACUUGAAUGAUAAGAAUGACACGAUGACAUUGGCUCCUUACGAAUUCCACCAAGAAGAUGGAAGAAGAGACUUGGCAGAGAUGAUUAUUUUGCAUGAGUAUCCAAUUAGCAUGGUUGAGCAUAUUGGUUUUAGAAAAUAUAGCAAGACACUCCAACCUGGAUUUAAAGUGUCGUCUCGCAACACAACUAGAAAAGAUAUUAUGAAAAGAUAUGAGCUUGAGAAGGAGAAUGUUGCAACCUUGUUGAGGAAAGCAAAGGGUAAGAUUGCCUUAACUACUGACAUGUGGACAGCUGACAACCAGAGAAAAGGUUAUAUGGCGGUCACCUCACAUUUUGUUGAUAAUACAUGGAAGUUGCAAAGUCGGAUCAUAAGGUAUUGUUUUCUGGUUACUUAUAACUUGUUUAUUUUUUUUGGUUGUCUUUGUAUUGCUAUAGUUUUUUGUGUGAAUUUUAAAAUCAUAAGAAUUAUAAGUUGUGAUGAUGGAUGAUAAUAAUGAGCCCAUAUAUCCACAAUAGUAUUGAAUAGACAAAUAAUAUAUGUUAUUUUCAUUGGUUUUGGUAGGUUUUUAUAUGUCCCCGCCCCUCAUACUGCUGAGGUUCUUGCUGAUGCUUUGAAAGAAAGCAUUCAAUCAUGGAAUCUUGAUCUUAGGUUGUCUUCUAUAACCGUGGAUAAUUGUUCAACUAAUGAUGCAAUGAUGGAAAUUUUGAAAGGAGUGUUUCCAUAUGGCUCACUUUUAUUGCGAGAUUGUGGAGAAUUUAAGGAUGAUGAAUAUGCUAAAUUAGUGGGAGAAUUAGAGGAAGGAUUUGAAACAUGUGAUAUUGAUUCUGGAACAAGUGGACUUUGCACCGAAUAAUUCAAGGCCUAAUGAAUUUCUUGUUAUGUAUUUGAAUAUUUGUAGACUUGUAGUUAUUUUUAAUAUUUGGACUUUGGACAAUUUGGAGUUAGUGUUUUUUUUUUUCUCUUAUGUACUACUAAUUUUAAGUUUUUUAAUAUGUAGUAAUGUAGUAUGUAUGCCUAAGGUGUUGCACUUUAUGAAAAUGGUUGAUCUUGCAGUGGUUUUUGUUGGAUUUGAGUUAA